AUGAAUGACUUGCAAUACCAACUGAUUGGUAGCAACGACAAUAAUAAAUGCUCCGUAUUUGAAGGAGCAUCUAAAAUAAACUUCGCAUUUCUGGUAUUAAUCACCAUAGGUAUUAUUGUCAGUUACUUACCACAAUAUCGUCGUAUUUAUAUCAAAAAGACAUCUGAAGGGUUAUCGACGAAUUUCUUGUUUUUGGGCUCCUGCUCAUCUAUUUUUACCCUUACAAAUAUCAUUCUAGUUAGCUCUAAGGCUAGACAUUGUUGCUAUAUAGGUGCAUUAAACUUUUUCAACUGUCUUAACUCCCAGUUGAACCUAAUUCAGAUUGGAAUACAAUGCACAUGUGCCAUUUUGAUAUUAGUGGUUGUCCUUCUUCAAACAAGAUAUUCCAUCAAGCAGGAUAAGGAUGAGUAUGCAAGGAUUGUGACUGUGGGGAAGUUCGUAGCGCUACACGGGAUAAUAUCGAUAAUUGAAGUAUUCACAGGAUUAUAUACCAAUCGUACUCUUUUACUCACAAUUGCCCAGAUCAAUGGUUUGCUUUCGGCGCUAUUGACUAUGAUGAAGUAUGUCCCCCAAAUUACUACGACUUACAGACUUAAACACCCGGGCACGUUGUCUAUUGGCAUGAUGUGCAUUCAAACACCGGGUGGGUUCAUUUUCACCAUGACGUUAUUUUUUACAAAAGGCUCACAUUGGUCAUCGUGGGUGUCGUACUUGGUUGCAGCUCUUUUACAGGGAACUUUAUUGCUAUUGUGCAUUUAUUAUGAAUACAUAAGGAAUGAAGGAAUAACCUCCGAAAUUUUAGAAAGACGAGAAAUUGACAGAAAUAUCAUACAAAACCUCGAUGGAAUAAAUAAUGAUGACCUGGAAACAGAUGUGCUUAUCAGAUCCUAA